CUUCCGCUACACAAUGGGUAAUCGUCUAAGUUUUAUCAUUCUGCUGACAGUAGCUUUAACUUUAGUGAUGUGCGACGUUUCUAAUGAUAAAAUUGAGGACGAUGGUCAUUUAAUCAAGAAGAAAACUCCGAGUGAAUGUAAUCUUCCAAAUGAAUUAAAGACCGAAAUUGCCUCGUAUUCUUCAACCGUGGAAAAAAUUAUUAACGCUGCUGUGAAUGGAAGUUUCAAAGGAGUAACGUAUCAGGAAUUAACUCUUUUUGUUGAUACAUUUGGUAAUCGGAUAGCAGGUUCCCAAAAUUUAGAAAAUGCAAUCGAUUAUAUGAUAAAUAAAUCUAUAGCUGAUGGCCUUGAUAAUGUUCAUGGUGAAGACGUGCAAGUUCCGCACUGGGUAAGAGGAUUCGAGUCUGCAACUCUUGUUGAACCUCAUAACUCUAGCCUCUCUAUACUUGGUUUGGGUGGCAGUAUCGGCACAUCUCCUGAGGGAAUUUUGGCUGAAGUACUGGUAGUCAAAACAUUCGAUGAUUUACAAAGUAAAGCCGAACAGGCGAAAGACAAAAUCGUCGUCUAUAAUGAAGACUUUGUCUCUUAUGGAUCUGCUGUCAUUUACAGAAGCAAUGGUGCUAUAGAAGCUUCUAAAGUAGGAGCUGUAGCAAGUCUUAUAAGAUCAAUUUCCCCCUUUUCACUAAAUACGCCUCAUACGGGCAUGCAAAGUUAUGCAGAAAAUGUUACAAAAAUACCUGGAGCUGCUAUCACAAUAGAAGACGCUCAUUUUCUGCAAAGAUUGCAAGACGAGGGUAAAACAAUCAAGAUUUUAUUAAAAAUGGAAGCUCAAACUCUGCCUGACACCACUUCGAGGAAUGUUGUUGCCGAAAUUGAAGGUACAGAACACCCUGAAAAAGUAGUCAUAGUUUCUGGUCAUAUUGAUAGCUGGGAUGUUGGUAAUGGUGCCAUGGAUGAUGGUGGAGGCCUUUUUAUUUCCUGGGGAGCGUUAGCACUUUUGAAAAGUUUGGGUCUGACAGCUAAAAGAACCGUAAGGGCCAUAUUUUGGACAGCUGAAGAGCUUGGUUUUGUUGGAGCAUAUCAGUACGCUACAGAUCAUGCCAAUGAAACCGAUAAUUUUAUUUUCAUGAUGGAAUCUGACAAUGGAACUUUUAAUCCUAUAGGAUUACAAUACAAUGCUGGUACUACUGGAGGGUGCAUAAUACAAGAAGUCAUGAAACUAUUAGCUCCAAUUAAUGCAACAGGAACACAGCAAUCACCUUCAGUAGGUUCUGACAUCGAAAUAUGGACUUCAGAAGGAGUGCCAGGUGGUUCUCUUGAUACUGAAAAUGAUAAGUAUUACUGGUAUCACCAUUCCAACGCAGAUACUCUAGAAGCAGAAAGUACUGAUUAUCUAGAUAAAAAUACCGCUUUGUGGGCAUCUGUUGCUUACGUUUUGGCAGAUUUAAGUAUUGAUUUUCCACGCGAGACGACAUAAGGAUAAGAGAGGAUUAGUUUAAGAUUACCUAUUUAUUGUUCAAUGUACGUACACAUUAGAGUGAUUCAAAAAAAAAAAAAAUUUUUUUUUUUCGUGCAAAGAGGUUCAAAAGUUUCUUUUCAACGUAAAAAAAUACCAGUUAAAAUUUGAGCUCUUAAUAUUAAUAUUAAGACCGUCCGCAUCGCGUUUUUCUAUUUCCCAUAAGAAUAACAUGGGAAAAUUUUUGUUUGCACCUUCUGAUUUUUAUUGCUAGCCCGUCGUGUGUCGUGAAAAAAAUUCAAUCACAUAUUUUUAUAGAGAAUUGAACGCUCUACAAAAAGUGUCUCCUAUGAUUGUGCGAGAAACCUGAUAGUUGAAGAGUUAUUUUAGGCUAAAGUUAAAUUUAUCGCAAAUUUUGACGUUUUUGAUGCAUUACAAUAAAUUUGAUGGUCUUAUUGGAAUAAAUCACCACAAAAAUUUAUACACAUUUUAAAUUUAGUUUUUUAAACAGUAAUUGUUUAUAAUUUUAUGCUAUAAUAAGGCCAGUAAAACUCUUUCCGAACAUUUUCAGCAUCAGUGGGUUAAAAAAUCAUAGUCAGGUUUCUCGCAAAAUCAUAGGAGACACUUUUUGUAGAGCGUUCAAUUCUCUAUAAAAAUAUGUGAUUGAAUUUUUUUCACGACACACGACGGGCUAGCAAUAAAAAUCAGAAGGUGCAAACAAAAAUUUUCCCAUGUUAUUCUUAUGGGAAAUAGAAAAACGCGAUGCGGACGG